AUGCGCACGCGGGACUUUCUGGCGACGCUGCCGCUGGCCGCCGACCUGCUGCCGGCGGCGCGCCCUGGGCUGAGCCACGGCUUCGUUGGCUGUGGCAUCUUCCACCCGCAGACCACAAGCUGCACGCAUGGCGCCCUGAGCACCGUGCUGCGCUGCCUGCCCGUGGCCAUGAGCGUGUACGCGCCGCUCAACGCCUCCGUGCUGCUCCUGUUCAAGCGCAGCCAGCUGCUGGCCAACCCGCGCGCGGCGCUCUGGCGGCUGCUCAAGUCCAGCGUGCGCAGCUCGGUAUUCUUCACCCUGCUGAUUGGAUGCAUUCUCAACGGGUCGUGUGCGAUGCGUGCGCUGCUCGGCGGGGACUCGAAGGCGUCGUAUGUGGUGACUGGGCUGGUGGGCGGCGCGCUGGCUGUGUUGGUCGAGCAGCCGUCGAGGCGGGUGGAGCUGGCCAUGUACUGCUUUUUGCGCGCCCUCGAGGGCUGCUGGGACGCUGGCGUGGUUGCUGGGAGAUGGCGCAACGUCAGGCACGCCGAGGUUGCGCUGUUUGCUGCCGCCAUGGGCGUGCUGAUGUCCAUUUACCAGAACCACCCGGAGACCAUCGGCCUGACGUACCGCUCGGUGCUGACGCGUAUGUUUGGCAAGAACUAG